AUCAGAUAAAUAGUAUAGAAUGGAAGGUUCAAUCAUUAGAUCUGGCACUGUUUGCAUGUAAAGGAGGCAUAUUGAUGGAAAGAAAUUUAGGACAUCUUUGUAGCUAUCUUUGUUCUAAUAAUGAAGUGUAUUUAUGAUUAUCUCACUGUGUUGUGUGUGUGACAGUCCCAUAUUUUUAGUGUUUGCUUGCCAUGUUCUUUACUAAUCAAACUCUGUUAAAUACCACUGUAAGUCUGCAGCGUGAAGGGCUUCUGGGGAUACUGACAACUUCCAUCAUGACAACAUUGCAGUGCGCCGUGUUUCUCUUCAUCAACGUGACCAUGCUAUACACUUUGAGAAGCAAACAGGUGUUUCGGGAGACGUCUCGUUACAUUCUGCUGUUUAACCUUCUCUUUGCAGACACUGUGCAGCUGGCACAAAGUCAGUCAAUGUUUCUGCUGUCUUCUUUUAGACUGACAUUGUUGUAUCCGGUCUGUGCUGCUCUAACGGCAUUCAGCAGUUUAACACUCUCUGCCUCAAUCGUUACACUGGUGAUCAUGUGUUUAGAAAGGUACAUAGCUGUAUGCUAUCCUUUGAGACACAGUGCCAUCAUCACCAUCAGAAACACAGGAGUGGUAAUCUGUGUUAUCUGGUGUGUCAGUUCAUUACACGUCGUUUCACAAUUAAGUUUAAUGUUAAAGUUUUCAUUCCAAGACCUGCAGCACAAAGAGAUGAUGGAUUUUUGUGGAAAAGAGAGCGUGUUUCUCGAUCCGGUGUCUGCUCUAUAUGACAGAGCUUUCACUUAUUUUCUGUUUGUGCUCGGCGGUGUAACUGUCACUUUCUCCUACACUGGCAUCAUUGUGGCAGCUCACUCUGCCUCCACUGACAAAGCAUCAGCCAGCAAGGCUCGAAGAACCCUGCUGCUGCAUCUGCUGCAAAUGGGCCUGACAAUGUCCUCGACAAUAUACAACUCACUGAUUAUAGCCAUCUCAAAGAAUCUAGGGAGAGUUGAAGCUGUGCGUAUCCAGGUCUUUCUGUAUAUCUGUAUAAUUGUUCUUCCCAAAUGUCUGAGUUCCCUGAUCUAUGGCCUCAGAGACCAGACUAUCAGACCCAUCCUCAUGUUGAAUCUUAGCUGUCAGUGGAGAGGCUCAGUUUUAAAACCUGCUGUGCAAACCAAGAAAAACAUCAAAGUUCUAGUUACUUAAUGUCUGUGAAUGUUAUAAUUUAGCGUGUUCAACAUCAAUUUUCAAAGCAAAAAGAUUUACACAAACAUGUUUUUGUAAUAUUUGAAGUAUAUUCUAAUAGUCAACUGUAUUAUUCACUGCUUUACGUGUUUCCCUGUAAGUUUGCACUGUAGCAAUAAGGUAUGUAAAACUGGAAGGAGUAAAAUUUUGCUGUCUUUAAUAUGUGCAUUUUUAGCCUUGUCAGACUGUUUAAGGCUUAAACAUUUAUAAAGUCAUUUCAUUCUAUACUUUAUGGUGUGAGAUUUAUUAAUCUAUAGUUCAGUUUAACUCAUCACUGCAUUGAAAGCUUACAUAUAGUCUGUUUUUGGUUUAAUUUAGAAAACACCUUUUUAAACAAAGCAUUUUUUUACAUUGAAUGUGUCGUAUAAUUGUUGAAAGAAGCGAGAUUUCAAUUCAAUUCAAUUCAAUUCAAUAAUACCUCAGAUCCAAUGUUGGGAAUGUUGUUAAAUGUUGUAACUCGUAUCAUCCAAGUUUCUUGGAGUUGUACAUGCAUGGCUGUGGGCAAGAAGGAUCUCAUGUAACGUCUGUAUUAAAACAGUUA